GUAGUAUGCAAAUUAGCAAAAAUGGUAAAUGUUUACGCUGCAGUCUGAAAAGGGAGAAGCGCUACCUGGAUGAACUGUGCAAGAAAUCCACUGGAAUCCUAUAUUUUGGAAUAGCAUCGAACCCCCAAAAGGCAGUUGGCGGGAUAAGUAGCCUUUCAACUAUGGCUACUAUAGAUGGGAAGCUCUCAACUACUGAGAGGAUCGUAAAAAGUGUACCCUACCCGCCCACGCGGAGGUUGCCCAUGAAAGAAGUCUUUGAUGCCCAGGGUUUUCCACGACCAGAUGUCUUAAAGCAACAUUUUGUCCUAGAGGGACGCUUACAAGAAGAUGUAGCACUUAGAAUAAUCAACAAGGGGGCAGAACUAUUAAGGAGAGAAUCGACAAUGCUAGAAAUAGAGGCACCCGUAACAGUAUGUGGAGAUAUUCACGGCCAAUUCUACGACUUAAUGAAGUUAUUUGAAGUUGGUGGCAAUCCCGCAUCAACACGCUACCUGUUUCUAGGCGACUAUGUCGAUAGAGGAUAUUUUAGUAUAGAGUGUGUGUUGUAUCUUUGGUCGUUAAAGUUGCUCUACCGCGACACAUUUUUUCUGUUGCGGGGCAACCACGAGUGCCGGCAUCUCACAGAGUAUUUCACAUUCAAGCAGGAGUGUAAAAUAAAGUAUACAGAAAGAGUGUACAACGCGUGUAUGGAAGCAUUCGACUGCCUGCCACUUGCAGCUCUUAUGAAUCAACAGUUCCUGUGCGUGCACGGAGGCUUAUCACCUGAAAUACAUACGCUGGAUGACAUCAGAAAUCUGGAUCGGUUCAAGGAGCCACCAGCCUUCGGACCGAUGUGCGACAUCCUGUGGUCAGACCCACUGGAGGAAUUUGGCCAGGAACACACGUCAGAGCACUUCAGUCAUAACUCAGUCAGAGGCUGCUCCUACUUCUACAGCUACCCAGCCUGCUGUGAGUUCCUACAACAGAACAACCUUCUGUCCAUCAUACGGGCACAUGAAGCACAGGAUGCAGGGUAUCGCAUGUAUAAGAAGAGCCAAGCAACAGGUUUCCCUGUACUCAUCACCCUCUUCUCGGCACCAAACUAUCUGGAUGUUUACAACAACAAAGCUGCUGUGUUGAAAUACGAGAACAACGUGAUGAACAUCCGGCAGUUCAACUGUUCUCCCCAUCCUUACUGGCUGCCGAACUUCAUGGACGUUUUCACGUGGUCCUUACCGUUCGUGGGAGAGAAGGUUACGGAGAUGUUGGUCAACAUCUUAAAUAUCUGCUCGGAUGAUGAUCAGGAAGACACCGAAAGCUCCCAGGAAGCUAUCCACAAACGCAAUGCAUCUGUCAAAAUCAAUGCUGCCUCUGCCGCAGCGCGCAAGGAGAUCAUCAGGAACAAGAUCCGAGCUAUCGGCAAAAUGGCCCGAGUCUUCACUGUCCUCAGAGAAGAGAGCGAGACAGUGCUAACGUUGAAAGGCUUGACACCUACAGGAAUGUUACCAGCAGGAAUUCUGUCUGGAGGCAGGGAUACCCUGAAAAAUGCAAUGGAUUUUCACAAGAUCAGCGGCUUCGAUGAGGCCAAGGGCCUAGAUAAGGUCAACGAGAGAAUGCCACCCCGCAAGGAUUCGCCGACACCCCCUAACAACACAGGCCCCUCCCCUGCAUCAUAGACCAAGACCCCCCCUUCAACAUCCCCUAGAUGUGAGAGAGAGAAAAAACAACAUAACUGAAAACAAACCUACCCUGAGCAGCAAAGAGAGUAUAAUGACCACAGAGAAAAUGAUGCUGAGGCUGACUGUUUGGCAGGCUCCAAAGAACAGGGAUGGUUACUUAUAGGUAACGAGAACGUCGCUGGGAAGGGCGGUCUCCUUUAAUGACAUACAAAAUCAUCAACAGCAGGGUGUAUGGUGUGGCCCUUGUUCCUUAAAGGGACUCUGUAUAAAUUUUAAACAAAUUUAAAGUAAAAAUACAAACGUAACGAGUGUCUCUCUGUCAUUGGAGGAGAGACACGAAAUGUGUACCUCUUGUUAACACGGCUUUUACUAUUCCUGAGAAAAUUUGCACAGAAGGCAUGCAGAAUGUUGGACAAGGUUUUUGCUAAAAAAAAAGGCUUUUGAAAGUCGGCAUUGGAUCGUGAAUGUAUGCUGAGAUCCCAUAAUUCGGAAACCCGCUUGCCCAUUUUUGGACAAGUAUUCGGGUCACGCAUGAAACGAUUGAUGGAUGUCCAAAUGAGUUUAUUUCCCAUGUGGAAUUUCUGCCAACAAGUCAAGAAUCUGUAAACGUAAAUGUAAAGAAACUGUCAAAAAUUGCCAAAAUUCUGUUAAAAUCAAAAGGAAAUCAGAUGGGGCUCCUUUAGCUGGUGUUGUGAUAUUGUUGUGAAGUUUUGUCAGAAAUUAUGUCAAUAUGAGAGAAAAUCUUUUGGCCUCAUAAAAGAAAAGACAAAAAAAAGGAAAUAAAAAAAAAAAAAUACUGGACUAAAGUGCAAUUGAGAAGUGUAUCUGUGCAGAUGAGUGCAUUCUGGGUAAUGUGGUAGUCAUGGCAACAGUCUCAGGUGCAUGGGUAGUAAAACGCUGUGCGCAUUUAUUAUGCACCCAAAACCCUUCUCUUUUUGUACAUUGUGUAUGACUUAAGAAAUUCCUCUCUCCUUAUUCAUUACAAUGUAUAGAUAUUUACGUGUGAGAAUAAUGUAUACCAGUGAUUCUUCAGAAGUUACAAAAUUGCGCUAAUUUUUAAGCCUUAGCUUGUAGAGCUUAAAAUUCUAGAACUGUGAUUUGUUUUGUUUCUUUAGGGGGAGGGUUGGGUAACGGAAAGUUGUGGAGUCAAGCCUUAAUGUGUGUGGAUGUGCAUUGUGUGUACACUCAGACGUGAUCAUGUGGGUAUUACGGGGGUCAACAGAGACAUUUUAUUAACCGCAGGGAAAAAUUGGUUACCAACCAACAAAUAAGGUGUGUGUACCAACUAUUGAGCAACACUUUCUGCAGAGCGCUUUGAUGAAGGGUUGUGUUUGCAAGGGUUUGGUGGAGGCAUGUUCAAUUCCCUAUUUGAAAUCCUGGCUUGCUAAUACUGGCAGUCUGCGCUUAUCUGACAACACGAGUUGGGUUCCAGAAAGACUUAUCACUUGACCGUGGCAACAGUGAAGAACCUCAUUCAACUAAGCCCAUAUUUGCCUAACAUCUUUUUGUCAUUGUACUAAAUCUGAAAAAAUAUCACUCAACAUGUGACUUAAAGGCGGAAUUGUCUUGCUCCAGGAGUGUCUGGGCUAUGCAGGUCAUAGUCUCCAUGAAUGACUAAUCUGUUAAGGCGUUCUCUCCCUUAUAAAACCAUCAUUUUACAACAAAAAUGCCUCACUAGGAAAGCUGCCAGCUGCUUUGAUAUAGCUGUGAAUUUCAGCUGAGAAAAACAUCAUUUGAAGAUUUCAGUAAAAAAAAGAAAAUGGUUGGUUUAAUUCAUGAAAAACGAAGGUCAAAAUGGCAGAUAUCUGGUCUAGAUAGUGGUUUGGUUUCCAGCUAAAAUGAGAUUUGGAUGUUGUUCUUGUAAGAAGACCCAUUCAGGCUACAACAAUGUGAAAUGGAUUGUCGAUAGUGAUUUCAGUAUGGUAUGUUUAAUAGGUCAUUUGAUCUCUGUACAUGUACAUAUCUUUCAUGUAUCAUACCUUGCCCUCAAUAGGCUGGUCCCUAUGACGUAAUGUUUCAGUGUUGGUGUUGUGUUACACAAUGUUGUCUGGGAACAAGGCAUAGUCCGGUAUCCCGUAUCGCCUACUAAAUGAUGCAGAGUGAUAACCGCGCUGAAAAUCAGAAAAAAAAGACCUUAGUUUAAUCACAGUUCAGAGUUCUGCUUGGUCUUGCAGCUGAGUAAUGCACUGUGGACCAUCUAAGAAAAGUUAGGUGAAAUCUUGAAGCUUUUAUAAGAAAAUAACUAUUUUGAUCUGCUUGGAUUGUGCAAUUAACUACCAAACUACCAACUUGCAAUGUUAGUUUUUGGUUUUCACAGUGCAUGCAUAUUGGCUAUAUACCCUUCAGGAGAUACUGUUACAAGUCAAGGGAUGUUUUUGUCAUUUUGCACAAUUAAUACCUCGUUUGGGGGAUGGUUCAGCACUCCUUGUUUAUAAAUCUACUCUAAUCAAGGCAUCCAACCCGCAUGGCUUGUACACAGCUUCAUCAGGCAUUCAUGAUAACGUUCAGUAAAGGUAUUAACUAUUAGCUUGUAGUUCAUGUCGAUCCUCUGUACAAUAACCACUUUUAAAUGUGAACUAUGAAAUUAAAAAGUAUAGAUUCUGUGUACAUUUUUAAGUGACCUUUAUUAUUGAUAUAAAAUGACACAACUUGGGGUUGUUGCUUUGGUUUUUUUUGGUUUUAUAUUUUGUUGGUUUAUAUAUAUGUGACGGAGGCUGGUCUAUGCUCCGCUUGGAAACCGUGUUUUGAUGGCUUGUACGUAUGUAAACAUUGUAACCAUCGCAGAUUUUUUCAGUCCCAAAAAAUUCGACAGAUCCUUUCUGUAAUGUAUGGUUGUAUGGCUAUGCGUAGCUAAGUUGUAUAUGUGUGUGUGUCUUCUAAGGGUCUUGAAAAACAUUAAUGAAUUUAACAAAAAAAAGUAUAAUGUGUAGUCCGCCGGCAGAAAGACGCUGUACGCAUGUGGGUGUUAAUUCCAGUUCGAAAAAGAAAAUUCUAUAUGGUUUAAGAUCUUGAUAACUCUCUCCCUGUACACAAACCAACAACAACUAGGAACAGAUGAGCUCUUUUAAUUACGCAUGGCUAAGGUGAAUUUCAUGAGUAGUUCAUGUAAAAAGAUGUACUUUCUUUCUCUUUUUUUUUUUCCUUUUCUUUUUGUUUGUUUUUGGAGACACCAAGUAGUGGCUAGAAAAGGAAAGUUAUUAAAAAAUAGUUAGUUGACAAAACCACUUCUUCGGAUUGUGGGUGGAUUAUAUAUAUUUUUUUGCUUCUUGUGAUAUUGAUAUAGCAUUCAGUCAAGCGUAAUAUUAGGCGUGGACUAGUUAUUCAUUGUUAUAAAUACCUUUGAUGUAUCUUUGCUUUCCUCUCAUUGAUUUUUCUCUCUUUUGACAAAGCUGUACAGUUUUAAUUAUUACUGUUAUAUCUUAAGAUUAAAGACGUGUCGGGGGAAAAUAAUGAUAAUGGGGAAAAAACACGAUUAACUUGUUGAAUGUUGUAACUCGUAGAGCAGCGUUGAUGCACUUUAAAAAGGGGUAAAAAAAAUGUUUCUUUUUAAUAUUUUUAUAUUGCAAUGUUUGGGAUGGAUUUAGCGUCGGAAGUGUUUUUGGCUGUCUGUCUGAGCAGUAGCCUUUGUACCUAAAGCUUGUUUCAUCAUUCAAUAGGCCUUUCGUUUUCUCUCUCUAUCUAGAUGUAACAAAGUUAUUAUCAUGUAAACUUUUUUGAAAAUUGUACAUGUUAAAUGAUAUAUAGCUUAAAAGGCAGAAUACCACUGCCUCUGUUAACACACAGGAUGUCUCGCAGGGGGAAAAUGAUAAAAAUACAAUGAAAAGUUUAUUCGUUUUACUUCUGUAAAUGGACUUGAGAAGGAAAAUGCGUCGUAUUAAGGAAGUAGAAAGAACUGGUAUGACUUAUGCUUACUUCGUUCAAAUACUCGGUUAAAAAAUGACUGCGUACAUAAUGAGUGAUGUGCUGAUGAUACACGUUACAAACUUGUUCAACUUAAAAUGCUGGCCGUAAAAAAGACAGUGGUGUUUACUGUAAAGUUUGCUCUCCUAAGGUGUCAUAACCAAGGUCCGUUUUAACAGAGUUCAGUAUUUUACAAAGCACAGAUUGGGUGUUCAAUCAUGUUUGAAAGGAAAACUUACAAAUCGGAAUGUUUCCUCAAACAUCAUGUUGAAGUAGUAUGGUAUUCCUUUUCGAAACCAACAAUUCUCAAUAACAAGGUCUUGUUUUGCCGCUUGUUGGUUAAACAUACCGUAACUUCAACAGUGGUUCAUAAAAUUGUUCCAUAUGAGUAGGACAACGGGGCAGGCGUAGAAAGAUCUUGUAAAGUAUACUGCCUGAGGACACAACAGGGCAUUAGCCAUCUCAAGAACAUUUGGGUUUUUUUUGGAGCGGAUGCUGAACUCUGGUCUUUUGUCUUUGUAGAGGUGGGUUUUUUUUUGGGGGGGGGGGGAGGUUUAAUAGUUUUUGACAAGAUUGUAACAACAAUUGAUAGCAACAGUGGAUUUCAACCGACAUUAAACUUGUUCAAAUCCAUUUUCAGAAGACUGUAAACUUAACAAAAAAAUCCCUGGUUUUACCUUUCUCUCCCCUCGAGACAUCCAGUGUAUGUUCUUAGGUUGCACUUGGGAUGUUCGUAAAAAUUAAAAAUAAAAAAAGAUUGAGUGCUUUGUCAAUUACAUACAUUUUCCGUGUCACAUUUUAUGCACAGUGUGUUGAAGCCACAGUUCUUUUAACAAAAUGUUCAAAAUAAAAAAAAAUAAAAAGAACGAAGAUUCCCAUUGGGUGGUAUACCAUGUGUACAGAUUAAAGGAAAAAAAGACAAUUCCAUAUCUGGGAUUUUUUACGGUGUUCAUCUGUGGUACCUCUUGGUCCCCCACCCUUAUCGUAUCCCUUCUUCCCUUAACCACGCCCCCAAUACUUCACUCACCAUCCAUUUGUGUCGCUUUUUCAAUUAAAACCUUUUAAAGUUAUUGAGGUUUUUUUUUAUCAAAAUAGCAUUUAUAACACUUUGGCCAUUUUUUUUUCUGUUGUAAUUUGUACUGACAUUUUAGUUGGAGUUUUCAUGUAUUUACAGAGCAGUUAGAAAUGUUACUGUUAAAUUCAAACUUUAAUUUUCACAUAGUGAUGAUAAAAGCAAUGUCUGUGAUUCAUUUAGAAAAAUCUGUGUAAUUCCAAAGGAAAAAGUGAAAGAACUUCUGUAGGUCCCAUUUAACUUAAAAAAAAAACAUUAUCAGAAAUAUUUAGGAAAGGGUUCAUGAAGUGAAUAUCUUCGCAGUUUUUGGAGUCAUUCGGAAGGCUGCAUGAGUUGUGCAGACAGACCAAAAAACGUUUGGGAAUCGAAAAGUUGAAAAGUUGAAUAUUGAAGUCCAAUAUAAAAGAAGUGAAGAUGACCUGAGAUUUAGUAAUAUAUAUUUUACAGGCAUUUCCUUGAAAAAAAAAUGGCAGAAACGCGAGAAAAGUUUGGAAAAAAACGGGGACGGUUUAUUUUUCUGCUUUAGUGAAUUUGCGUUUACCAGCUGAAUAACACAAGGGUACCAGGAAUGUCUUUUUCUUUAUUAAUGGAACGUUUUGUUUCCAGCAUUACCAUUAGGAUUAUUCUGAUACGAUGCUGUUGAUUAUGCAUGUUCUAACUGUUACGCAAACUCUUACGGACUGUGGUAGUUUAUGUUGAUUUUUAAAUAUUUGGUACACAAAUUAUUUGGUUUGUGUUGUAAUUCAAUGGGAUGUUAAGGGAAGAAGGGGAGGGUUUCCUUCCAUUGUAACUCUUUCUCUAGUGUGUCGUAAACUACUACUCAAAUUUGAACCAUUUCAGUGUAACAGAUGAAAUAAAAAGUCACUUUUCAAUGGGA